UACACUGUAACCAAAAGCAUAACGCCCAAAGAGGCCUGUGGUUACCCUUCCGUAUCAGAGGAGGCUUUGUGCUACUGCCGUGUGAUUCAGAACCUCACCUCAACUGUUUGCUAUAGCUCACACACGCCAGAUAAAGGGCAGUCUCGCUUGCUCUCAGUAGAGUUUCGGUUCUCAGGGCAAAAAGCAACCUCUCUCUGGAGACAUGGGCCAGAUCGCCAUCCUCUGGACCUCUCUGCUGUCCUGGUUGCUCUUCGUGGCAUUGUUUGGCCAUGGGGUAUGUGUGGAGGUGACUGUACCAAGUGAUCCAGUGAUGCAGCAGAGAGGUUCCAGUGUGGAGUUGCCAUGUCAUUAUAAGACCAGCGUGGACCAAAACUUCAUGCUGGAAUGGAGAUUCGCACCUGGCUCAACUCUGCCUGAUAACGGGAAACAGAUUCUCUACUUCACAAAUAACGUGCUGUACAAGCUAGGUUCUCAAGAGAAACGGCUAAGCCUCCUUCAAGACACGCCCAAGCGGGGUGAUGCAUCCAUCCGAUUGGACAACGUGCGCGCAUCCGAUGCUGGCACUUACAUCUGUGAGGUGAACAACCCCCCAGAUUUCUACGGAACGGGCUUUGGGCUCAUCCAUUUCACAGUGUUAAUGCCUCCAUCUGCUCCAGUGUGCAAAGGACCCACCUCUGCUCCCGUGGGGUCAGAUGCCACCUUGACUUGCAACUCUUCAGAAGGUGUGCCUGCUCCGAUUUACUCCUGGACACGCCUGGAUUCCAAGAAUCCCCUUCCUCUGUCCAACAUGGUGCUAAAUGAACAAACUGGGAAGCUGAUCCUGAGAAACCUCUCUCUGUCAUUCUCUGGGACCUAUCAAUGCGUUGCCUCCAAUGAGUUUGGAAACGAAAGCUGCAAAUUAUCCAUUGAUGUAACAGGCACUGCACAAGCCGGAGUGGUUGCAGGAGCCGUAAUCGGUGUCAUCCUUGCAAUUCUACUGCUGAGUGCAAUAGUGCUGUAUUUCUUACGCCGCAGAAAGCAGCAGCAGCAGAAGAAGAAGAAGGCUGCAUCCAUAUACAGCGGGAAUGAAAUCAGGGAGGACGCCACAGCCCCGGGAAUCCCUGAGGCCUCUUUGCAUGAAAGAGACAGCAAGUCAGACAGUCUCCUAGAAAGGUUAUCCUCCAGACCGGGGUCUGCCAGCACCACCAAAUCCCGACUCAACAACUUUCUUGUCUGAGCGUCCUGGUGAUGUUUGUCUUGUAUUCUGCUUUUCUAGUUUACUGCAAAGAGAAUACUUCAUUGGGAGAGAUCCCAGCAAUCAUUUU